ACCUUGUAGUUGUCAUCUCCCAGUUUCAUUUGCCAAAAUCCCUUGACGAGGCACGAUCAAGCCUAACGAAUAUCCCAAAGACAAGACAGUUUGUCAACAUUUACAUCAUUAAUGGGAUCCAUGAAUUCGAUUUAACCCUGGAUGAGUGAGGAUGUCCCAACCUGCUCCUGAGGUGUCCUACAGUUGUGGGUCUUGUGGUUACCCUUUGCAUUUGUCAUCUGCAAAUCGUACUGCAUCUGGUUCUGGGAUAGGCUCUGACUAUCAGAAAUCUGUCAAGAAAGGUUUUAUUUCCUUCCUUACGGUUGAUCUAAGUCGGUUCACGCAGGUUGAUGAGGUAAACUGUUUUCCCGUCUCUUGGGGUCGCUAUCGAUCAAAGACUAAGCUCCUUUGCCGCAAAUGUGGAGUUCAUAUUGGUUAUGGAUAUGGAGACUCAUCUGUUCUUUGUGGUUUUGACUCUCCCACAUUGUCUACUUCAGCUUAUAGAAAGUUCACUGUGAGAAUUCGAGCUUUACAGCCCUCUGAAGAGUGCUAA